ACGUGCACACAAAGACACAAAACGUUCACUUCACACACGGGCGGCACAACACAACCUAUUCUUUUUUCCCUUCGCUUCCUCUUUUCAAAAAGCAAAGCUUUCAUCUUUCUCUCUAUCCAUAUGCUUAUGCUAUGUAUAUGCUUAUUCUCUCUCUCUCUAUACAACCAUUGAUCUGACCGCUGCUUGUGUACUAUAACCAAAUUGGAGCAACACCUUUUUGUAUCUGAUCCUAGAAUCACAAGCCUAGCUACCCAUUUUCUACCUUCUCAUGAUCUUAGGUGUUUUUGGUUGUGAAAAAUGACGAGGGUGACUCGUGAUUUUGGUGAUACGAUGCAAAGAGAGGCUGUGCCAGCGGUUUCUUCUGAUGUGGUGUUUGCUUCUGCUCGGUUUCCUAAUUACAAAAUUGGAGCAAAUAAUCAGAUAAUGGAGACAAAGGAUGACCCAAAAGUGCUAUCAAUGAAGGAGGUUGUUGCACGUGAGACUGCACAGCUGUUGGAACAGCAUAAUCGUCUCUCGGUUCGCGACCUUGCUAGUAAAUUCGAGAAGGGUUUGGCGGCGGCGGCUAAGUUGUCUGAAGAGGCUAGACUUAGAGAGGCAGCAUCAUUGGAAAAACAUGUUCUUUUGAAAAAGCUUAGAGAUGCACUUGAAUCCUUAAAAGGGCGUGUGGCAGGCAGAAACAAGGAUGAUGUGGAAGAAGCUAUUGCUAUGGUUGAAGCUCUAGCAGUUCAAUUGACUCAGAGGGAAGGGGAACUAAUACAAGAGAAGGCAGAGGUGAAGAAGCUUGCAAAUUUUCUUAAGCAGGCUUCUGAAGAUGCUAAGAAACUUGUUGAUGAGGAAAGAGCUUUUGCUCGUGCUGAAAUAGAGGAUGCCAGAGCAGCAGUUCAACGAGUGGAAGAGGCACUUCAAGAACAUGAGAGAAUGUCUCAAGCUUCCGGGAAACAGGACAUGGAGCAAUUAAUGAAGGAGGUUCAAGAGGCUCGAAGAAUUAAAAUGCUGCAUCAGCCAAGCAAGGUCAUGGAUAUGGAACAUGAGCUUCGAGCAUUGAGGGCUCAACUCGCAGAGAAGACUAGACAGUAUCUUAGACUUCAGAAGGAGUUAACAAGGACGAAGAAAGGUGGGGAAAAUGUUCCACAUUUAUAUGAACUUGAAGGGAAUGAAACAUUAGGUUCUUAUUUGCAAAUUCAACCUUGCUCUGAUAAUGCCCCUGAAGUUUCAAGAUGUGCAAUUCAGUGGUAUUGUGUGUCGUCUGAUGGUGCCAAAAAAGAACUUAUCUCAGGAGCAACCAAAUCAGUUUAUGCCCCUGAACCUUUUGAUGUUGGACGCAUAUUACAAGUUGAUAUUAUUUCAGAAAACGAGCACAUCACACUUUCAACUGCUGGUCCAAUAGAUCCAGCUGCUGGUUUGGGAACGUAUGUAGAGGCACUAAUGCGCAAACAUGACACUGAAUUCAAUGUGGUUGUAACGCAGAUGAAUGGUUCACAUCAUCCAACUGAAUCUAUUCAUGUGCUUCAUGUUGGUAAGAUGAGGAUUAAACUUUGUAAAGGAAAGACAACAAUUGCCAAAGAAUACUAUUCAAGUUCAAUGCAGCUUUGUGGAGUUCGCGGAGGCGGAAAUGCUGCAGCGCAGGCACUAUUUUGGCAGCCAAUGCAAGGUCAUUCUUUUGUAUUAGCCUUUGAAUCAGAGAGGGAAAGGAAUGCAGCCAUCAUGCUUGCAAGGAGAUUUGCAUUUGACUGUAAUAUCAUGCUUGCUGGACCAGAUGACAGAGCUCCUCUAGGGACAUGAUGGUCCUCCUUAACAUCUGAUUUUCUUCCCCUUUUGUAAUUAUGAGUUUUUCUACCUUGUAUUAUAAGUGUUAUUUCACCAGUAAAAUCUGCCUUGUUAUAUUGGUAAGUUAGUAAUGAUUCACACCUUGUGGUAUGAAUCAUUUAUAUAAUUUUGUUUCAUCAGUCCAAGGCAUUUUUUUAUUUGCCUCUGUGAGACGCAAGUUUUAGCUUACAUUAUAAUUAUUAUAGAUUCCAUGGCUGCCGUCUCAAAGUGUUUGAGAUGCUAAUUGGUUGUAUUUGAUGGACAGACAUUCAGACAAUUACUGAGAACUCCAAUUGCAUUUUGUCUAUGGACACUGGCCUCGUGAACAGGACAAUAUGUGAAUCUACCCUCAUUAUGUAAUAUAAUAUAGAAGACUCCAAUGUAUAUUGCUAGAUUUAUCUCAAAAGAAUCCAAUGUAGUGUCCAAGAUACUAUAAAAUAAAAAUGUUUUUGUCUA